CUGGACAAGUGGUCCCCAGAAAAGAGACUUUAGAGAACUGUGUCCUUCCUAUGCAGGGUGCCUUCCCCAGCAGGGAGGGAGAAAUGGCCAGGAGUUUGCUGCCAGCACAGAUUCAGGAGUCUGUGACAUUCAGGGAUGUGGCCGUGCUCUUCAGCCAGGAUGAGUGGUUGCACCUGGACUCUGCCCAGAGAACCUUGUAUCGGGAAGUGAUGCUGGAGAACUACAGCAACCUGGUCUCACUGGCUGAGAAGAGUGCAUUGCCUUCUUUGAUCCUGACCAUCCACUAGGAGCCAAAGCMCCUCCCUGAACAAGACCUCCUUCUUGCACUAUCCCUCUUCUCCAGUGACUGCAGAGCUGGUACUUUAUUCCAGGAUGGCCACUCAUGUCUUCUUCUCAAUGAACAGGGAUUACAUUUUCCAAACCAAAAGUCAUCUCCCAGUUAGAGUAAGCAGAAUACCCCCARGCAGUGAG